AUGACAGGACAAGGUUCAAAACGUCCUAAUAAAGGAAAGGGGGUAGCAAGGCCUAGAAAGAGGCAACGACAGGUACCAAAGUAUGUACUUAGGGUGCCUGCUAGACUACCUACCACUGUUGUCGGCAGUACAUCAUCUGUGGGGCCUCCUCCUACCCCUACAGUACAGCCUCCUACACCUACAGUAGACCCUACUCCUACACCUUCAGUAGACCCUACUCCUACCCAUGUAGUACACCCUUCUACUAUCCCUGCAACAGACCCUCUUCCUCCUCCUGUAAUUAUAACCCCGACUCCGCCCCCUGUGGUUAUAACCCCCACUCCUGUCCCUGACCCUACUUCUAUACCUUCCUCAUCUGUUAUACCGCCUUCUGACACUGUCACACCAUCUGCUGAUGAAGAUUCAAGUGGAGAUGGUGAAGCGCUUUCAGGUGAACAAUCUAUUUAA